AUGCAGAAUUACGAGAUGCUGGCGCAUUGGGCGCGCAGGGAGAUCCAAGCGGUGACCAAAUUACCCACCGGAAGUUCCCAAAUUGCGAAUCAGGAGAAAAACCCGCGACCCUUUUCCUGCUUGCAGUGCGGGAGGAAUUACAUGCGCAAGGACUCGCUGAUGCGACACAUUAAGUGGGAAUGCGGCAAGGACCCGCUUUUCCAGUGUCCGUUUUGCCCCCACAGGUGCAAGAGGAAGCCCCACUGGCUCAGACACAUUCGCAGGCAGCAUAAAGACUCUAUUGGGGAUAUGGAGAAUUAUCUUCACUCUUACAAGCCGCUUCCUCACCGAGGACCUGAGCAUCACGGGGCUGAAGUGGGCAGCAGCUUGGCAGCGCUGGAGUGUCCCUUCAAUAAUGUGGCGGUCUGGAGGCGGCCUGGGGAAAGGAUUCGGCGGAAGCGCGACCGGAAACCCGGAGGGGUUCAAUUGUCCGGCUUGCGGGCGCGUCUACAAGCUGAAGAGCAGCCUGAGGAACCACCAGAAGUGGGAGUGCGGAAAGGAGCCUCAGUUCCAGUGUCCCCACUGCGUCUACCGCGCCAAGCAGAAGAUGCACAUCGCGAGGCACAUGGAGCGGAUGCACAAGGAGAAGAUCUUCAAGCAGGAGCUCGUCUAGUGGUUUAA